CGCGGUCCUAGCUCGCUGCGCGGGAGAACUACAGCUCCCAGCGUGCACCGGGGCGCGCCUGCCCCUGUCCCACCUGUGCAGCCGCCCGAACCUGCUCCCGGCGCGGCGCGGCCGGAGGGAGCGCGGAGCCAGAUCCCUGCGACACUGCAGCUGGUGGCCAGUGGCCUCGGAGCCCCCUGCACCAUGGCCAGCGAGAAGAUGCAUGGUGCCCAGGACCUGCAGGAGCUCAGCUUCCAGUCCCUAGCUAUGAAGCACAUUGAUCUGAAGCAGGUGGAGCUGGACACGGCCGCAGCCAAGGUGGAUGAGCUGUCCAGACAGCUGGAAACCCUGUGGACGGACAGCCCGGGGCAGACUGCUGGGCAGCCCAAGGUGGACAGAUACGGCGCCAGCCCCUCGCACGCCCCAGAGCCGCUUGGCUUGGCCACGUCCCCACAGCUUCAGUACGCCAGGAAGAACUUGUCCCUGGAGAGCACCAACAGCUACAUCUCCUACCACGCUGAGACCUUCUCGCCCACCGCCGCCUGCAGCCCCCCUGCCAAGGCCCCGCUGGGCCACCCCGCCUCGCCCCAGUCCCCCUUCUACCUGCAGGGCGAGCCCCUGGAGCGGGCCCAGUCGCCCCGGCCCAAGGUGCUGCCCGUCUCUUACGACUCUCUGCCCCUGCCCAGCCCCAAGGGACGCGCGCCCUCCCCGCGCUCCCUGUGGCAGGCUGGGGCCACGGAGCGCCUGUCCUUCUCCAGGCCGGCGGGCCGCGCCAGCUCCCCCCGGCUGCCCCCCGCCCCCUCUGAGGCCUCGGCACUGCAGAUGUUCUUCCCGGACCGCGCGCUAUCUCCCCGGCCGCCCCACCCGCCGCCCUACGAGAGCCACAGCCUGUUCCCCGCUGGGCCCAGCUCCUUCGCCCCCUUCCGGGCCCAAGAUGACCUGGUGAUCCGGCGAAGGCCCCAGAGGAGCUGGAACGAGUCGGACCUGGACGUGGCGUACGAGAAGAAAUCGUCCCACUCGGCCGGCUACGAGAGAGGAGAUGUGCACACAGGGCUCAGGCAGGCGCCCGCGGGGCUGAAGCUGGCUCCUUGGAGGGAAUCGAGCCUGGAUGGGGUCGCAGGGCAAGGCAAGGACGAGCACCCCCAGCCUUAUGCCAUGCACAGCGCCACGCUGCCCCGCAACUACAAAGUGUCCCUGCUGCCCAGCGAGCGCAGACCAGACAGCUCCUUCCGCAGGCUGCUGCCCGCCAGCCAGACGGGCACCCUGCCCCGCAACUGGCAGUUCUCCCAGCAGCCCGUCUCGCGCAUCGCCAUGCCGCCCCCCAGCCUGCAGGGCACGCGGGCGAAACGCCACAAGCCCCUGCCCCUCUCCAUGAUCUUCAAGCUGCAAAACGCCUUCUGGGCAUCCGGAGCCUCCAGUGCCAAGGGCCAGCCCCAGGGGGCCCCAGGCUCCCCCAUCUUCCUCCGCUCCCCACAGAAGCAGCCCCAGCUCCAGCAGCCGUCUCCUCCGUCCCAGGCUCCUCUGCGGCCGGCCCCGUCGGGGGCUGAAGCAGUGGGAAGGGCCUCAGCCCUUGAAGCACCGGUGGAGCCCGUGCGAGGGGCCCCGGCGGCGGGCGACACGGAGCCCGAGCUGGAGAGCAUCCUGCGGGGCAGCGAGCCAGCAGAGACGGAGGAGGUGGCUCGCCCCUUGAGCCCCACCCGUCUGCAGCCUGUCCUGCCCCCCGAGGCUCAGAAGGUGCCCGAGUUCAAGGAGGUGGCCCGGGUGCUGGCGGAGAUUCCCCGGCCCCUGAAGCGCCGUGGCUCCAUGGAGCAGAGCCCCGGCCCUGUCCUGCCGCCCACCCACAAGAAGCAAUACCAGCAGCUCAUCAGCCGCCUCUUCCAUCACCGGGGCCGCAAGGAGGAGGUCGUGUCGGCAGGGGACGACCUGCCGCUCAUCGCGGAGACAGCUGAGCUGAAGGCAGCCACCCCGGUCAGCCCUGCCCCGGCGCCCUCACCCCAGAGCCCGCCAGCACCCACAGCGUCGCCCCUGCUGGCUGUUACGGAGAGCCCCGGCACCCCGACGCCCAGCCCCGGCACCCCGACAUCCAGCCCCGGCACCCCGACGCCCGGCCCUGUAAGUGCACUGAGGAGCUGUCAGCCAGACCCCAGCCCCGGCACCCUGACGCCCAGCCCCAGCACCGCGACGCCCAGCCAUGAGAAGCGCUCGGCGCUGCGCAAGCUCUCGUCCCCGAGGCGGCGGCUGGGGAAACGGGUGCAGCUCAACCCCCUGGUGCUGCUGCUGGACGCGGCCCUGACGGGCGAGCUGGACGUGGUGCAGCAGGCAGUGAACGAGCUCAACGACCCGAGCCAGCCCAACGAUGAGGGCAUCACAGCUCUGCACAACGCGAUCUGCGGGGCCAACCACAACAUCGUCGACUUCCUCAUCAGCGUGGGCGCCAACGUCAACUCCAUGGACAGCCACGGAUGGACUCCCCUGCACUGUGCCGCCUCCUGCAACGACACGGCCAUCUGCAUGGCCCUCAUCCGGCACGGAGCCGCCAUCUUCACCACCACCUUCAGCGACGGCAGCAUGGCCCUCGAGAAGUGCGACCCCUACCGGGAGGGCUACAGCGAGUGCUUCAACUACUUGGCCGAUGUGGAGCAGAACAUGGGGCUGCUGAACAACGGGGUGCUCUAUGCGCUGUGGGACUACAGCGCCGAGUUCAGCGACGAGCUGUCGUUCCGCGAGGGGGAGCCGGUCACCGUGCUGCGGCGCGACAGCCAGGAGGAGCUGGACUGGUGGUGGGCCUCGCUCUAUGGCCAGGAGGGCUACGUGCCCAAGAACUACUUCGGGCUAUUCCCCAGGGUGAGGCCUCAGCGGAAGAAGGUCUAAUGCACCAGCACACGGCUCUGCUGCUGGGAAUGCAGCUGGCACCUGAUGAACUUAGGGGCUGGGGGGAACAUGGGGUUCUGCUGCUGGGAUUCUCCCCUGCUGGGAAGUGCUCCCCUCUUCCAAGGACUUGGUCAAUUGGCCCCUGGGGGCUGUGAGGACGGGGGGGGGUAGGGCUGCCAGGGAGCCAGCUGGGCAGGGUGGAUGUCCUGCUGGCAGAGAGGUGGGAUGGGCGGGGGGGGGGGGGGGGCAUGGCUUUGGCGUGCACUGUGGGGGGGGGUAAGAGCGUUGGUGGGAGCUGGGUCGCACCCUGGAUUCAGUCGGGCCCCGUCCUUGGCUCAUCCGCGUCAGAGACUGGUAUGCGUGACUGCAGGGGGAAGGGGGAACAAAUUCAAAUCGGUCUCUAACCAAACUAAACAGUCCGUCCCUUGGGAAAACCCGAGGGUGGGUGAGUGUGGCGGGGGCAGCCUCCUGUGCCAGACCAGGUGCCACCCUGCUCCUCCCCAACCCUGUGGGCUCCAGCCUGACCCGGUGCCCUGGCUGGGGGAAGCUGCGGGGGGAGCGGUCAUUUCCUGGCCCAGUCUCAGAGCAGCUGUGUUCCUGUGGGAAUCACUGGGCCCAGGCGCACCUACUUGCCAGCCCCACCUAAUGGGCAUACAGAGAGAGAAUCCUUCAAGAUAUGGACAUGCAGCCCAUGGAGACUUUGGGUCCCAGCAUGCAUUGGGGCCAGUCGGCUCGGUGACCCCCAGCGGUGAGGUUCUGGGGGCUUCACCCUAACUGGAGCUUGGGCACUUCCACAGAGGUCCAGGCCAAGAAGAUGCAGGGCCCAGUUUCCUCCACAGUCUGGCAGCACUCCUGGUACCAGUACAAUGGGCCCUAUGGUGCUGCUGUCCUCCUUACCCAUGGGGCUUGGCGCCCAGCCCCCAUUCAGCCAGGGAGUGGGGAACGAGGCUGAGAGCUGAGCCCCACUCUGUGCCCUUCACUCACAGGCCUCUCCCCAAAGACAUCCCUCUGCCCCCCGCUACCUCAGCUACGCCUCAGCUCAACUUGUGCCGUGUAAGUUCCCCACACAGGCCCUGGUUCUCCGCCACUCAUCUCCGGCUGUUUGCUAUGUCGGCAUGAGGCUGAAGGGGGGAAAAGCUUUCCAAUCAAUGGGGCAGCUUGGAGGUGUGUGGCCGAGCCAGAGAACCCCAGUGGGCUGGGGAUGCAGCUAUGCUGUCGUGCAGCCCUUCGCAUGAAGCCUGCUGCCGAGGCCUGUGCAGCUGGCUGCUGUGCAUACGGGAGAGGCUGAUGAUACUGCAGUGGUAAAACCUGUAUUUCUCUCCGAUUCCAAGGCCAGACGUGCCCAUUAGAUCAUCUAGUCUGACCUGCUUUAUCACAGGCCAGGGAGCUGCCCCCGGGUUACCCCUGUAGGGACCCAAUCGCUUGUUCUUGGCUGAAGUUUUCUUCCCAAAAGGUAGCCAGGUUAGACUGGGAGAGAUCAGGAGGUGGAGAAUCCACCACUGCCCUGGAGAGUUUGUUCCACUGGGGAAUAUUUGUGCCUAAUUUCUAACUGGAAUGUGUCAGGUUCCAACUUGUAGCCGUUGGUUCUUGUUCUGCUUUUCUCCAUUAGAUUAAAGUGCCCUUUAGUA